GACUGUCAGUUUCCCCUCAGCAGUUGUCGUCGCGUACACAAAAGUAACAAGCCGCCUGUCUUUUAGAUAACACGCCGUAUUUGAAAUAUUAAUAAUAGCUCGAAAUGAUACGCCUGCUGCGUCACAGCGUUAGCCGAGCCGGUUUUGGAGGACAAAUUGCAAAGUAUUCGUCGUCCAUUCCGGCACCCAAGACGGAUCCCGACGUUUUAUAUACCGGCAUCUUUAUCAACAACGAAUGGCACAAAAGCGUCGGCAAAAAAGUGUUUCCCACUCUGAACCCAGCGAAUGAACAGGUUAUUGCAGAAAUCCAGCAGGGAGAAAAAGCUGACGUCGAUAUCGCAGUUGCGGCCGCCAGAGAUGCGUUCAAACUCGGCAGUCCCUGGCGCAGAAUGGAUGCAUCGAAACGUGGUCAAUUGCUGUACAAACUUGCCGACCUGAUGGAACGAGAUCGCGUUUAUUUGGCUAGUCUGGAAACGUUGGACAACGGCAAGCCGUACUUCAUGUCGUACAACGUGGACGUUCCGAUGGCUAUCAACAACUUGCGUUAUUACGCUGGUUGGGCCGACAAAAAUCACGGCAAGGUGAUCCCGAUGGAUGGCGAGUUUUUCGUGUACACAAGGCACGAGCCAGUUGGCGUGUGCGGCCAGAUUAUUCCCUGGAAUUUCCCCAUCCUGAUGCUCGCGUGGAAGUUUGGCCCGGCUCUGGCUACUGGAAAUACGAUCGUGCUGAAACCGGCCGAGCAAACAAGUCUGACCGCUCUGUACAUCGCCCAGCUGACCAAGGAAGCAGGAUUCCCACCGGGAGUUAUCAAUGUUGUCCCAGGAUUUGGGGACGCCGGGGCCGCUAUUGUUCAGCACAAUGACGUGGACAAGGUGGCAUUCACCGGUUCCACUGAAGUGGGCAAAAAAAUCCAGCAGGGUUCUGGAUUGAGUAACCUGAAGAGGACCACCCUUGAGUUGGGAGGGAAGAGCCCAAAUAUUAUCCUGUCGGACGCUGACAUGAAGCAUGCGGUUGAAACGUCCCACUUUGGUCUUUUCUUCAACAUGGGCCAAUGUUGUUGUGCCGGAUCCCGGACUUUUAUCGAGGAUAAGAUCUAUGACGAGUUUGUCGAGCGAAGCGCCGAACGUGCCAAAAAGCGCACGGUUGGAAAUCCAUUUGAUCUAACCACGGAACAUGGCCCACAGGUCGACAAAGAGCAGUUUAACAAAAUUCUUUCGAUGAUUGAGACUGGCAAGCAGCAAGGUGCCAAGCUGGUAGCUGGUGGAAACAAGUACCAAGGACUUCCCGGCUAUUUCAUUGAGCCAACCGUGUUUGCCGAUGUACAGGACGAUAUGACAAUUGCCAAAGAGGAGAUUUUUGGUCCCGUACAGCAGCUGAUUCGGUUCAAGUCGCUGGACGAAGUAAUUGAGCGUGCCAACAAUAACGACUACGGUCUGGCCGCUGCGGUCUUCUCCAAGGACAUCGAUAAGGUGAACUAUCUGGUGCAGGGACUCCGUGCCGGAACUGUCUGGGUGAACACGUACAACGUGUUGUCUGCACAAGCGCCAUUCGGCGGAUAUAAAAUGUCCGGCCAUGGUCGGGAGAAUGGCGAGUAUGGCCUGCAAGCUUACACGGAGGUCAAGAGCGUUAUUACGCGUAUUCCAGUGAAAAAUUCAUAAAGCUGUGCUAUAUUUUCUUAAUAAUGAACUUAAACUCUUGUAAAACAGCACGGCAAGGCCUGACACAUUAAAUGUUUGUAAUUAAAAAUUAAAGAA